UUGAUUCCUUACAUGCACUUCGUGAGGCACACGCGCACACAGGGACUGACUGGGACUAAAAACGGUCCUGGACUUUGACUAGACCCAGGCCAAAGCAAUUGGCACGUGGAAACUUGACAACAACAACAACAAUGCCUGCUGCCUGGAAUUAUCCUCUUCCUUAAAGAAACUGGGUGGGCUUAAACAAACAGGUGGACUAAUAAAAACAAUAAGAUCAGAUGUUAUAUUUCAGUCUAUUAUAAGACGAUGGCAUAUUAUCGUACAGACUGCAUUGAGAAGCCUGUUUCUAAGGCUUUUGAGAAACUCGGCCACCUGGUUGGUUCUCAUCCGGUUUGGUUCUUUGUCAUUCCUCUGAUAGUGUCCACUGCUCUGGGAGGAGGACUGCUUUUUCUCAAAGACUACAAGGACAAUGACGUCGAGAAUCAAUUCACGCCUAUCAACGGACCUUCCAAGCAAGCCAGACAUUUUGUGAAAGAAAUGUUUCCAAAUAACGAUUCAUUGUUUUCAAGUCAAAGACUCUAUGCUGAAGGGAACUACGCAGUGUUAAUAUAUUCCGUUGAGGAAGAAAACAUUCUAACGGAUGAGCUGUUUGAGGAAAUCAGUGAUCUUGACAAAGUAGUACAUAAUCUCUCUGUCAAUGUCAAUGAAACUCAAAUAAGCUUCAAACAUAUUUGUGCAAGAGUGAAUGGGAAAUGUGUCUCAAAUCCCAUAUUGGACAUUAUCGAACAUAAAUGCAUCAAUUUAUCCUUUCCAAUACAUAAGUGGGAAGGGGAAAAUGUUUUUCUUGGCUCUACAGUAGGAGGUGUUGAAGAGAGGGAUGGUGUGAUCCAGAAGGCACAUGCCAUCAGACUUUUCUACUUCUUGCAGGAUAAGCCUGGAGCCUCUCAAUGGCUUCAACAGUUCCAAAAUGUUGUGUCCAGCAGAGGACUCAAGGUGUCUCAUUUUACCUCCAAGUCCAGACAAGAGGAGAUAGAGAAGCACACAAAAGAUGGCAUUCCUCUGUUUUCAAUAACUUACUCACUUGCAAUCUCCUUCUCAGUGUUAUCUUGUAUGCGUCUCGAUAAUGUGAGGAACAAGUUCUGGGUCUCUUGCAUGGGGGUUCUGUCUGCGGGUCUGGCUGUGGUCUCCAGCUUUGGUCUGAUGCUCUAUUUUAAAGUGCCGUUCGUAAUAACAGUGGCUAAUUCCCCUUUCCUGAUUCUGGGCAUUGGUGUUAAUGACACGUUCAUCAUGAUUUCUAACUGGCAACAGACGAAAGUGAAGGAUCCAGUGGAGAAAAGAAUGGCAGAAACCUUCAAAGAAGCCGCCAUGUCUAUAACUAUCACUUCAUUGACUGACGUACUCGGCUUCUACAUAGGACUCAUGAGUGAAUUUCGCUCAGUUCAGUCCUUCUGCUUGUACACCAGCACAUCCAUUAUUUUCUGUUACAUCUAUAACAUCUUCUUCUUUGGAGGUUUUCUAGCCCUAAACGGCAGGAGAGAGCAGAGUAACAGACACUGGCUGACCUGCUGCAAAGUCCCAACACAGACCCCUAAAGGAAAGUCUUCGGCGUAUCGCCUCUGCUGUGUAGGAGGAGACUAUGACCAAGAGACCGGUGCUGAGAAACAGCAGCCCGUAACACACUUCUUUAAGUCCUAUUAUGGUCCAUUCAUAACUAAGCCUUGGAUUAAAGUCUGUGUGAUGUUUUUGUAUGCGGGUUAUUUGUCUGGAGGUAUUUAUGGAUGUCUUAGUUUACAGCAGGGCAUUAAUAUGACGGACCUUGCAGCCGAUGAUUCAUAUGUUGUAAAUUAUUAUGAUGAUGACAGGAAAUUCUUCUCCAGGUACGGUCCAAAUGUCAUGGUGGUAGUGGCCGAAGAGUUUCCAUACUGGAAUAAAAACAGCAGAUUCGCACUAAACCACUGCAUGGAGAAACUCCACAACUUGAAAUUUGUUAACCGAAAUCUGUCCGUCUCCUGGUUAGACGUUUACUUACAAUAUGCUGAAAACAAAAGCCUAAAUCUAGACAACGAAAACGCCUUCAUGGGGAAUUUAUCCUCUUUUUUAAUGCUCUAUCCAGAGUUUAUGCUUGACAUCAAUGUCACAGAAGGCAAAAUCAAUGCUUCGAGAUUUUUUGUCCAGACUUUGGAUAUCUCUAACUCCAGUAUGGAGAUAAUGAUGUUUCAUGAACUCAGAGACAAAGCUCAAAAUUGUAAUGCAACUAAACUACUGGUGUUCCACCCAUUGUUCAUCUACUUGGAUCAAUACUCUGUGAUAGUUUCCAGCACCAUUCAGAAUGUUGGUUUCACCACAUCUGUCAUGUUGGUUGUUUCCUUGUUAUUAAUCCCAAACCCGCUCUGUUCCCUGUGGGUCACGUUCUCGAUUGGCUCGGUCAUCACUGGCGUCACUGGUUUCAUGGCAUUAUGGGGUGUCAACCUAGAUUCCAUUUCCAUGAUCAUCUUGGUGGUGUGUAUUGGCUUCUCUGUUGACUUCUCUGCACAUAUUUCAUAUGCGUUUGUUUCUAGCAAAAAAUCAACUGCCAAUGAAAGGGUGAUUGAUGCAUUGUUUUCUCUGGGCUACCCAGUUCUCCAAGGAGCAGCCUCAACAAUAAUAGGUGUGUGUGUUUUAGCUGCAUCCAAGAACCACAUCUUCAGGGUCUUCUUUAAGAUCAUGUUCCUCGUUAUGCUUUUUGGUUUGGCUCACAGCAUUAUCUUCAUCCCGGUGUUUCUGACCCUACUGUCAUGCAAUUCAAGUAACACUAAGAAGAAAAUGACUAUGCCUGAAGUUAUUCCAAAAGUCAUUAUGCUUGAAAACAAAAGCAUGGCAUAUGAAAACUAUGCUUUUACUAAAGACAAUUUCCAUGGGUGUAGACAAACUGUGAAAACACAAAGAACCCAAAUAUAUUGUAUUCCAAAUAAUAAGAUGCGUUCAGUUUGGUGCAGUGAUCCGGACUGUCCAUAGCAAGUGAGUUUUUCUAUUACAUAAAAAAA